GGUCGGGUCGGGCAGGGCCGAGGCGGGCUGUGAGGCGCCGGUGGGUGGCGGGGCCGGUGGUGGAGGGGAGCGGGGAUUCGUCAGGCGAACGCCGGGGCGGCGCAGUGUAGGCCCCCCAGCGGGGUCCUUCGGCGACGGGGACGGAGGGAGCGGGACGGCGGCCGCGAUGAACCUGGAGCUGCUCGAGUCCUUCGGCCAGAACUACCCCGAGGAGGCGGAUGGCACGCUGGACUGCAUCAGCAUGGCCCUCACCUGCACCUUCAACCGCUGGGGCACGCUGCUCGCCGUGGGCUGCAACGACGGGCGCAUCGUCAUCUGGGACUUCCUCACCAGGGGCAUCGCCAAAAUCAUAAGCGCCCACAUUCACCCCGUCUGCUCGUUAUGCUGGAGUCGAGAUGGUCACAAACUGGUGAGUGCUUCGACCGAUAACAUUGUGUCGCAGUGGGAUGUGCUCUCUGGAGACUGCGACCAGAGAUUUCGAUUUCCUUCGCCUAUCUUGAAAGUUCAGUACCACCCUCGAGACCAAAACAGAGUUUUGGUUUGUCCCAUGAAGUCAGCGCCGGUGAUGCUAACGCUGUCGGAUUCCAAGCACGUUGUCCUACCUGUGGAUGACGAUUCUGAUCUCAACGUUGUGGCCUCCUUUGACAGGCGAGGGGAAUACAUUUAUACAGGCAAUGCCAAGGGGAAGAUUUUGGUCUUGAAAACAGACACUCAGGAUCUUGUUGCUUCCUUCAGAGUAACGACUGGAACCAGCAACACCACAGCUAUUAAAUCGAUUGAAUUUGCUCGGAAAGGAAGCUGCUUUUUGAUAAACACAGCUGACCGGAUAAUCAGGGUGUACGAUGGCCGUGAAAUUCUAACUUGUGGACGAGACGGGGAGCCUGAACCGAUGCAGAAGCUGCAGGAUUUAGUGAACAGGACGCCGUGGAAGAAGUGCUGUUUCUCUGGCGAUGGUGAAUAUAUAGUGGCAGGUUCAGCACGACAACAUGCCCUGUACAUUUGGGAGAAGAGUAUCGGAAACCUAGUGAAAAUCCUCCACGGGACCAGAGGAGAGCUGCUCUUGGAUGUAGCAUGGCAUCCUGUCCGACCGAUCAUAGCUUCUAUUUCAAGUGGUGUUGUGUCAAUAUGGGCUCAGAAUCAAGUGGAAAACUGGAGUGCCUUUGCGCCUGACUUCAAAGAGCUGGAUGAAAAUGUAGAAUAUGAAGAGAGAGAGUCAGAGUUUGACAUUGAAGAUGAAGAUAAGAGUGAACCAGAACAGACAGGUGCUGAUGCUGCAGAAGAUGAAGAAGUGGAUGUAACUAGUGUGGAUCCCAUUGCUGCCUUCUGUAGCAGCGAUGAAGAACUGGAGGACUCCAAGGCUCUGCUUUACUUACCCAUUGCUCCUGAAGUUGAAGAUCCAGAAGAAAACCCCUACGGACCUCCACCAGAUGCGGUUCAGAGUUCUUUAACUGAUGAGGGAAUAGGCUCUGAGAAGAAGAGACAGUCCUCCUCUGAUGGACCUCAGGCACCAAAGAAGAAGCCCAAAACCACCAACAUCGAACUACAAGGAGUACCUAAUGAUGAAGUCCAUCCGCUGCUGGGUGUGAAGGGAGAUGGUAAAUCCAAGAAGAAGCAAGCAGGCAGGCCUAAAGGAUCAAAAGGUAAAGACAAAGAUUCUCCAUUUAAACCGAAACUCUACAAAGGGGACAGAGGUGCUUUACCUCUGGAAGGAGCAGCGAAGGGUAAAGUGCAGGCGGAGCUGGGACAGCCUUUGACAGGUAAGGAACCCAGCGUGAGCGUCGUUGGCUUGCUUGGUGGCCUUGCUUUGUACAGACCCUGACUUAAUAUAGUCAUAGCGUUUUAUCGUCCCAAAUGGCACUUGCUCACUAAACGUUUAGCUGCUGUCAAGGAUAGGCAAAAUUUUACUUUUUUUUUUUUUUUUAAAAGUGUUUUCAAUAUUUGUAAUACAACUGAUAUCCUUGCCAGUAAUAAUGUUUGGCUUUGGUGGUUCAAUUUUGAGGGGGAAAACUAUAAAUAGUGAAGGAUUCUGAAGCUGACAUUGACAUUUUGUGCCAUCAAUACUUGGCAGAGUGAUGAAGAACAGAAAAGUUCUGUAAGCAGAAAUAGGAAAUGGAGCAUCGAUAAUGGUCCGUUUGAUAAAUGAACCCCGAGAUAAAAUUCAGGAGCCGAAUCUUCUAUUCCUAGCUAUACAGCAGCCUUAGUUAAAUUCUAGAAGGUACAGGAUAGAUUUUGGUGGACUUUUCUCCUUUUUUUUUUAAUUUGUUAUAUUUUGUUGGUUGUGUACUAAAACAGGACUGUUGCAGUCACCUUUGUUAGGGUUCAGACUUAGUUUCAGAGAGACUGUUUCCCAUCUGUCUCAUUUGCUACUUCAGCUUCUUAUUUGGGAAAAGUUCAUUCAGGUGCAGUAAAGAAAGCACAGGUUUGGAUUAAGUGAGGUGGACUUCAUGAUUUAUUUUUUUUAGAUUGUAGUGAAAUACUCAGGGUUGAUAUAUAAACAGUUUCAAAGACACAAUGUAAUUGAUAUAUCAAAUUUUGCAUUUCCUUGAACUCAGCAGCUGCUGCUGUGGAUUUUAGACUGUACAGUGAUUUUAUUAAUUGAUUUAAAAGUGAUUUUAUUCCCCCCCACCCUUCCUUCCCUCACUGCUGGUCCUAUGCUACCCACCUUGCUCAUUGUCCUUCCUGCUCAGCUCCUAUUAUGUUGCUUGUACUAGUACUGGUAAUUGCUAUUUGCAGAAAAAGGGAAUGGGAUAAAAGAAACUUAGCCUAUAAAUGGAAAAAAUGUAUUGGAUGUUUUCUGGGCUUCCAUUUAAUCCUUUCACACUGCACCUUGCAAAAUGCAGAAAUUAAAGAUAGCCAAGAAUAUCCUUAGACCUUGUUUGUAGCCUGGGAGGUACUGAUUAGCGUCUAGUGUCAGAUUUACUGGACAGGGUGAUUCUCUUCUGACUUCUCAAGUCAUUAAAACACACUGGAUGCCCCCUAAAGUGUGAUAGUAAGGAAUUACCUGGAUUGUGUGGAUCCUCAGGUGUCUUUGCUGGCAUCUGUUACACACCCUGACCGCUCUCUUGUGCCAUGCUGGAUGGGCAAGACCGGUUUGAAGACCAAACGAGUAUAACUGUUAGUUUCAUCAGCAGGCUUGUUGAUUGCUUUCUUUUAUCAUGCUGCUAAUUAACAUGACCAUAUGCAGAAGGAUAUAAAUGAGAAAGAAUCAUGUACUGGAAACUUAGCAAUGUGGCUUCCGAAAUGAAUUUCAGUUGUUAUUUGCUUUAAACAAACCAGUGCUGGAUUUGGACUUUUCCACGUUUAAGUAGCUGUAUAAGCAGUCUGUUUUCAGAGAAGUGGUUUUAAUAGAACGUAUUUUUGUUCUACUUUUUUAAGGUAUGUUUAUGUAACUUUAUCAACUUGUUUUACUAAUUUGCUUGAUCUACGUUUGUGGACAGAUCUCAGUGUACUUUCUUCUUGCAGCUUGUGAUUGCUAUUGCAUCAGUAUGUUCCGAGAGCUGGGAAAAUACUCCCAUUUCCUCUAACGUGUUUCAAGUGAAGCAAGUCUCGAUAGACUCCUUUCUUGGUUUUUUACACAUCCUUGCAAAGCCGUAUUUGGGAGGAUGUUUGUGUGGGUUUGCUUGUAAUGUUCCCAUGCAGUGUUACAAUAUAGUCUGACUUGCUAUAAAAGACCUCAGUGGAAUUUUACUGGCUACUGCUGCUGAGCUUGGGAUGUGCAUACCUGUGCCAGUACAGUUAGCUUUGGUUUUUGGACGCUGCAAAAUGGGAAUUUUAUUUUCUUAUAAAGAAAUGGGUUUAGACCCAAGUUCCCUACUUACUUUACCCAUCUACUGGAGAUGGUAGAGCUUUCUAGAAUUUACUUUUAGCCUUUGUUGCCUGCAAGCACUUUUAAAGUAUUUUUCCACGGUGGUUUUCUUCAGCUUGAUUGAGCUAUAGGCAAAUAAUAUUACUAUGAUGGACUUCUGUCUCUGAUUAGGACCUCUUAUUGUGCUCCCUCCUACAGUACCGUUGGCCUAAGAGGAUCCGAUAGAUCCGGGCAGUAGAUCUCAGUAGUCAGUGUUGGAAGGGUCUGUACGAGCCUUGUUAGGAGAAGAACAGAUUGUCCACUGAAACUGUCACUUGGAUCUCUCCAAACUCACAGUAGUCUUCUAGUCUGUGAAGUUCAUGUCUGUCUUCCUUUGUUCUCUUUACGGCUUGCACUUACAAUUCCUGGUUUGGGCAGCCAGUUUUCUCUUGGGGUUGCCAGUGUUCCACCCUGUGCAAAUAUACACUUCCAAAUUCAAAUGGCCACCUGCCUGGGAUCCUGGAGCCUGCCUGCCUUUUUGUGUCUCGUGCAUGAAGCUGUUAAUUCUGCUAGUUCCUUGUGCUGUUGCUUUCUGAAGUAACUAAUCAGUCACUAAAACUGUCACACAACAAGCAUUUCUCCGCUGGAAAAUGUUUGUGCUAUGCCAUAAUACAGUGUCUUUCUGCAAGCUGCAUGGCUGGGACUUGGAGCCUGGUGCAAGUGCAUCUGUGUCACUGUGCUGUGCAGUCCAGGAGUAAAUGUCUUAUUCUUAAAGCUGCUGUGUCAAAAACAAAUUUCAGUAUAAACAAACUGAGAAGAUUGAUCCCUCUUACAGUUUUGGAAUAAAAUCUUAUGGCAGUCUGGUUUAACCCAAACUUAGGUGGAACUUGUUGUUUUCAGUUGUGCUUUUGCUCUGAGAUUUUGGGAUUGAUAAAUCAAAAAGUUUUACACCAGGUAAGUUUGCUCGCAACUUUGUGGAGAAAAAGCUUAGAGUUCCUUGGCCACCUUGUCCAUGCCUGUGCAUGUGAUCUCAAGUACAAAUGCAGAAAUACUAGAGAUCUUAAUUCGUCAUAGGCAGUAUCUUUUUUAUUAUAUCUCAUUCUGAAAAGAAUGGCUUUAUCUAGAAAAUCGUGUUCUCUUUUCAUUUUUUUCUGGAAAUGCUCCCAUAUUUGGUGGUAUCUGGUUUCUGGUAACAUCUGUUUGAGUCUGGUUACUUAUUUUUCACCUGUCUUUGAUCUCUUUAGCAGGUGGUGCAAUCUCAGAAUUGUUAUGAAGACACUCUUCUUUAUCUUCCUGUAUUCUUUCCUAUAUUGGCACCAUAAUGUGGAAAAUAGAUGAAAUAGAGUGGACUGACUAAUACAGCAGACUGAUUGUUCAUGGAUUCAGGGAGUGACUUUUGUAAGAAAUUAAUAUGGAAGAGGAAACGGCCUUCAUUCCUCCUUAACUGCCUCUUCAUCGAACAGUGUAAGAUGCUGACUCUCAGGUCAUGCGAUUUGCAAAGAGACUAACUGGACUGCCUUUGUGUUGACGUAUAUAACUAUUUCUAAAGUGAGCUGGUACCCAACACUCUGCCACUCCACAGCUUCUCAGCCAUUGUCUUUUAAAUAGCUUUUGUUUUGUUCCUGGAUUUGAAGAAUACCCAAAGUGUGUAUUUUUAUUCCUGAUGCCGUAUGACUGUGUAUCCUGCAAACUUCCCUUUCUUUGCUGUUAAUUUUCAUUUCGGCGAGUUGUAAGUCCUUCUAUGCCAGCUGCGUUACCUUACCAGCUUUUCUGUUAGCUCAGAGUGAUGUCUUCUCUGCUGACGUGCUUAGUGCAACACUGCUGCUGAUUAUGUGCCAGGUUUGUUUUCAUCUCAAGUUGAUAGAGAUCUAAUGUGAAGAAUCAAGACACCCUCUGAAGUCUGCAAAGGAUGAAUCUUCGUAUUGUGAAUAUUUUAGACAUGAAGGAUGACUCUGUUUAUGGGAAAAGGAACAAGUGAAAGUAGCUCUAGAUAAGAUACUCGCUUUAUAUGCUUUCUUCUAGCCUGUGAUAUGAAAAGCUGUGUUGGCAGUUUCUUUCUGUCCUUGCAAGUGUUUUUAUUCUCUCUCUUUCCCGUGAGGUGCCUGACCAGAAACAAUUGGUUUCCUCCUUAGCUGGUAGGUACUGGCAGUCAGAGAAAAAACAGAACUAAUAUUUCCCUGGACUGAAACAGUAGAUUUUUCAAGAUUUCCCCCCCCCCCCCCCCCCCCCCCCCCCACUUCUGGAUCAAGAAUGGAAGAAAGAUGAAUGCUAACAGCUUAUUCCGAGCCAUGCUUUAACCGUUUAUUCCUUAAAGACGGUUGUAACAUUUUCCUUGUGGGAAUGGGAAGAGAUACUUUCUCUAUCCAAUACCUACAGCCUGACACCUCUCUGUAGUAGAGCAACAGCCUGUUAAAAGACAGUUUGCAUUCCUAAUGCCCUUGUUUUAUAGACUUUUAUAGUUCCUAUGCAAUUACUUUUGGUUUUUUUCCCAGAUGUAAUUAUUGAGAUUAUCACUGCGUAUUUAAAUUUUCAAAGUAUCCUGCGGACAUUAGAAACAAGAAGAAGAGUCAUAAAGAGAUUUAUUAAUUUGCAGUCAGAAAUAUGCAGUACUUGCAUGAGAUAUUAUAAGCAUGGGAAGAGAGGAGACAUUUUAAAUCAGAAGGUUUUUUAAAAGUGGUAUUUUCAUUUCCGGCUCUGGUACAGUGGCCUGCUUCUUUUAAUGAAAUUCAUUCCCAUGUGUACAGUAUUAGUUUUCGUUGUUCUUCCUGCUUGUAGGAUGACUCGCAUCUUUCCUGGAACACCGUUAUGUCAAAUCCACCCGUACGUGGGGUGGCUGAGCCCACAAGCUUUAAAAGAUGCACAGGCAAUGGUUCUCUGGGUUAUUUUAAAGGAUAUAAUUUGCCACAGACUCCAGCCUUCAUUUCUGUUAAAACUUCUCUGUACAGUGUAUAUGUCCUUGGUAUAUUUUCUUCUAUCUUUUAUUUUAUUUUUUGGUAUCUGUAGUUUUGUACAAUAUUUGUUGGAUACUGGCUUGAUGGUAGCAUAUAGCAGUGAUGUUAGGUUUUGUGUUUGUAAAUAAAGAGGUAUGUUUUAUUUCCUAAA